GCGUUUUGCCGACACGACAGCAAAUGCAAACGCCAACUCUUUAAUGGGACCCCGAAUGCCAUUUCUAUCCAUUCUUGCCAGAAUCUUACGAUAUACAGCCAUGCCACAAUGGUUAUAAUUCAGCUCCUGUUGUUGCUGAGUUUCUUGGACCAAAGCAAGCAGGAUUAUCUGUCUCCGAGGCUUGCUAGGACUUCAGGGGCGCCUUGUGCCAUUGGCCAGGCGUGUGACCCAAGGCAGAGGAGAGAUGCUGGGGGACGCGGUGGAGUCUACGAGCACCUCGGAGGAGCACCAAGAUGCAGAAAACUUUACUGUGCAACUAAAUAUCAUUUGCAAAUACAUCCAAGCGGGAAAAUAGACGGUUCUCUUGAGGAAAACAACCAGUUAAGCAUCAUGGAGAUCACAGCAGUUGAUGUUGGAGUGGUAGCGAUAAAGGGGAUAUUUUCCGGGAGAUAUCUGGCCAUGAAUGAUAAAGGACGUCUAUACGCCUCGGAUGUGUUCAACCAGGAGUGUGAGUUCCUGGAGCGGAUUCAUGAGCUGGGCUACAACACCUAUGCUUCAAGACACCACUCCACCCUGCAGCCCCCUGCAGGGGGUGGCAGUGGCAAACGACGAGCCAGUGCCAAGAGGCAGUGGUAUGUGUCCAUCAAUGGGAAAGGCCGGCCAAGGAGGGGCUUUAAGACGCGCAGCACUGACAAAGCCUCCCUUUUCCUGCCUCGAGUGCUAGGCAAUAAGGACCAUGAGAUGGUGCGAAAGCUCCGUGACAGCCAGAGGCACCCAGCUGGACAGCAGAGUCCCCCUAUGGGCCGGGCUGAGCACCGGAGACGGAGACACCGGGUCAGGGGAAGAAAGGGUAGAACCAAGAGGCCUGGUGACUGACUGACACUAGCCACUGCCCGAGAGCAGUAGGCCCUAUUUCUCCGCUAAGGAACACCAGUUCAUGGCACAUGAAACUGACCAAAAAUGAACUUACUGAAAUAUCUGCCUUAGAUACUUGGAUCAGCCAGUAGCAGCACAACUAUACUUUGUUGUACAAGUUCCCUCCAAAAUCCUUGCUUGGCAUACAUGCAACUCGAACCAUCCCCUACAACUAUUGCAAUACCAACACAAGAUUUGCCUGGGAAUUCAAGUUAGGCACAUAUAUCUGAAGUUAGAGCUACCAAUACACAAGUAUGAAAGGAUGUUACGUUUUGUCUUUGUUUUGUACGUACACUUGUGAAUGCAACUAAAGUCAAUACAGCUGGAUAUCUUCCAACUGUUGUAUUACCUGGAAAAAGUUGUGUUCUUGUGGAACUUUUUAAAGAUCAUAAAUAAUGUAUGUUUACAUGUGUACAGUUAUUUUUUAAUAUCAGUUUCAUUUAUCAGCAGCUUUAAUGUGGGAAAAUGAGUGCGUGUAAGAACUGGACAUCAUU